CAUUCAUUUAAUUUGAAAAAUUUCAAUUGCCAAACUAGACCUCUAACCAUAAAAGGACAUUCGCUGAGCUUACAAAACAAUAUGAUUUCUCUAAAAUACUGUAUUGUUUUUGUGGCUGUAUUUGCCACCACCGCCUUGGCCGUUAACAGCAGUUGGGGCAAACGUAAUGCCACAGAUAUUUUGCUACUAAAUGAAGCCAUUGUACGCACUCCCGUUGCCAACACUUAUCUGCAGGCUGAUGUUGUCUACCCCAAGAGUGGUCAAACCAAUAACCGCACUAUUACGGCCAUCUUUAUUUAUGAUCGUUUCACAAAUACCUCAGGCGCUACUGGCAGUUUGUGGUCCGGUGGUCCUGGUUAUAAAUUUGCCACUGUCAAUUUGAAAUCACAAUACGGCAAAGGUAUUAAUACCACUGUUGAAAUUUGGGGUAAAUAAAUGACAAAAUUAUAUUAAACAUUCUUUAUUGUUUAAUUGAACAUUAUUAAUAAAAUCUGCAUGAGCAUAUUGUUUUGGCAAGUGAUAAAAGGCAAGCGUUAA